UCCUCCUUCAGAGGAUUUAGGGCAGUUGCACAUAUCUAUCUCUCAGGUGGCGGGAGAAAGGUUCGAAUCCGAAAGAGGGAAAAUGGGUAAGGAAACAGAGAUCUGGGAUGAUUCCGCUCUCAUCAAUGCCUUCGACAACGCAAUCUCCAAAUACAAGAAAAUGCACAGCGGCAAGUAUCAAGUCAAUCCUGCUGACGAUGAAAAGGUCACGAGCAGUGAUAAUGAAAUCGGUCCUAAUCUCACUGUUGAUGCUAGGAUUAUGGAGCUGGACGGUAAUAGCAGCAAUGUAUCAAACAGUGCAACAGAGACAUACCCACGCUGCAAUGAUGUGGGGGCAUCUGAUCAACUUCCAUCAAUUCAAGAAAAUCAUCUAGGUGCAGAAUCAUCCGCCUCACAACCUUUCAUACACGCAUCUAGUUCUCUCCCCGUGCAAGAAACUUUUGAGGGCUAUUCAGACAUACAAGGUGAAGAGUACAGAAAGUUACUUGGCCAGUAUUAUGAGCUUGAGGAGCAGAGGCAAAGGGUUCUACAGCAACUUCAUCAAGCUAGUGGUUGGAAUUAUCAACCUUCCUCAGAAUGUUCUGGUUCUUGUGUACCAUGUUACAUGUGCUGUUCAACCUCUCAAGCACAUGAAGUCACUACGCAUAGUACCUCCUGUCCCGUCCAUUUUUCCUGUUGUUGCCCAUACUCUUGCCAUUAUAUGGCUGGUCUUUCACCUUCAAAACCUGCUUGUGACCUGGGUGGUCAAUGUGUUCCUAAUAGUGAUGCUCGUACUACUGGCCCAUCAUGUACAAUAGAUCCAGUGAAAUUAUCCUCGUUGGCAGAUGACAGUGUUUUCAAAAUAGCAAUGGGAGCUGCAGAGAAAGCAAUUGCUUCCAUGAAGGUGACUGCUUCUGCCACUUCUGAUGGCUAUGAAGAAGGAGAAAAAGCAAGAGGAAAAACACAGAGUUCGAGUAUACUAGAUAGCGGGGCCUCACAGAAUAUCAGCUCGGAGACGGACCUCACUGAAGUUCUGACUGCUUGGUAUUCUGCUGGCUUCUAUACGGGCAAGUAUCUUUUGGAGCAAUCCCUUCCAAAGAGCCAACAUUAGCUUCUGUCCUUGAUUCUGGGGAAGCACAUCAAUUGCAAUGGCCAUGGCUGAUGUGACGAGUUUUGUUCAUUGGCACUUCUGUUCAUAAAAACCACAUAUCUCAUGAUACAUGAUUAAGAUUCCCGAGUUUUGUUGAAUAUUUCGGAGUCGUCAAAACUACAAGUAGCACCACCAUCACAUCACUGCCAGUUGCUCUCACUGUCAAUUGGCUCUAGUUUCAGAAAAGAGAAACCAUCUUUUCCUGUAGUGUUUUUCCAGCUCCGAUGGGUUCCUUAGAACAUAUGCAUAUGAAGUGUCCUGCCCAGGUUAUUGGGAUCAGAAGUUCUCUUAAUGGAUUUGAAAAGCAAACUGCUAUUCUCAA